UGUUUCAAUCGGUUCGGGUUGCGGUGAGCUUUAUUGUGGCACUACUGGUUUCCAAAAUGGUUGGAAGUUUAUACGGUACCUCUGUGGAUCAUGACCGUGACAUUGAGCACACGAUUGGGGAGCUGAAUCGGCGUAUUGCCGGGCUACAGGUCCAGCGGAGUCACGCUUACGUCCCGCCGGUCUUUUGGGCUAAAGACCGGGGAGUGUACGAGAGCAACAUCCGCAUCAACACGUACGGCAAGCCGUGGAUAGCAGGCUUCCGUCAAGUCGGUGUGUUCGACAACAACGCCUUCGCUACGGCAUGGGUGACAAUUUGCCUUCUGGAGGCGGGACAGUACGGGAAAGGAGCCCCGGUACCUGGUGACGAGCCGAUGAAACUCGCCUUGGAGCUUAUCAACUCCCAUCAUGAUAAAAACAGCCCGCCGGGGAAUGGGGCCGUCAACUUCUGGCCGCAGACGUUGAACCACUCCAGUGGUCUUUGGGUGAGCCAACCCACGAACAUCAUUUCCAUCAUCAGUCUCCUUGACGACGCUCUGCCGUGGGACUUGAUCGAGAAAGUAUGCAGCAUUCUCGGCCAUUCGUCUGAGGUCUGCGAACUCCUCAAAUUCCUCCAAGGCGCGAGGCAGGAACUUUUUCCCGCCUUCAAGAUUCCCGCGGAUUUUGACGACACAUUUGUCAACAUUGGCUUGGGCAGCCUCCUGAAGCAGCUCAGCAAACGCUACCCCGCCCUCUACCAGCUGUGGGAGUCCAACAACACAAACACAGGCUCGGCGUUCGAGCUUCUCAAGACGUAUGCAUACCGCCCUCUAUCAGACGACUUAGCCAACGUGAUCGAUCCCAGGACGUAUUACUACGCCCACAGGUUUCUUGAAAAGGCAAACGACGAAGGAAAGCCUGUUUCCUUGGUGACUACAUGGAUGGUGUACGAGAACACGACGAGUUUUAUCGCGUGGGUCAUCGAGAGUGGCACGAUGACUAGCCGGCCGGACCUAGCUCUGACUUACUACCCGUCUCGCUACAACUUCUACUGGUUCGUAGCUCGCACCAGGUUCCUGAUAGCCAACCGAAUUGCUAGAGGGGACUUACCUGCGUUCCCAUCACUCAGAUUGGUGUACGAGCAGUUGAACGAGGUGCUUCAGUCGCGGGUGACCACCGAUAUUUUGGCAGAGGCGAAGACGGAAGGAGGCAAGUGGGCUUACUUUGAUGAUUUCUUGGGCGGAGCCGACGAGACGUGGGAGGGAAAACCGAAGAACAGCGCCGAUGAUCGCCUUUUCACCACAUCCAUGGCCGUCAAUGCACUGAUUGCUACGUGGACAACUCAGGACAAAGCGACGGGACAGUUGACUUGGGCAAAAGAUACUCCGGUUGACGUGAUUCGUGUGGUGGAUCAAGCAGUGUCGUGGCUGGCUGAGUUCAUCCUGAGUGAUGACUACAAGCCUCUCAAUGCGUUCUUCUCGGGUUCGGUCAAAGGCACUAGUACGAUGCCUUUCUACUACCCAAUGAACUUCUUGGAGUACGUCAACGGGACCAAGAUCCCACUGAACGACACGCACAUCGAUCUUGACAGUAGUGUGGUGCUGGCCAUGUCCGGUGUAGUACCCCAGGAGCAGUACAAGAAGAUGGUCCAAGAGCCGCACUUCGGGCACCAAACACCCACUGAGUUCCCAGGCUACAGUAACAGCGUUUUCCCGUUCUGGUCGUCGGCCGCCUACACCUACGCCUCGACUCUGCUAACGUUGUCACAAUUUCUAAACUUGGCAACUUAGCACAAUUUUACCCGUCAAAUAAAUAAUGAUGCAAUAUUACUGAAUAACGUUUGAUACCAUUUUAAAAUGCAAGUUAAAUUAUUACUUGUUACUCAUUUCAUGAUCUUCCGAACCUUAUGGUGAUCUCACUGUACACUGAUCUUCAAAAAUAGUUCGAGAUAAAAAUGCUUUAUGAAUUUUAGAAAUGUAUCUAACGAUCACGAAUUAAGAAAAAUGUGGGUUUCUGUCACUACAGUAGAAGUGUCAGAUGGUAUCGCCGUUUCGAAUUUCCAACAUCGGAGUGUUUUAUCAGUAUUCUUUCACCACCUCCCUCCACUCAUCGAAACAAAUCUCCGCCCCUCUUAUCGCUAAUAGAUCCUUGUUCCCUCUUGGCCUGAGGGGCUAGGCGUAACCAAGGAUACGGGGCGACUCCGCCCCACGCUCAGUCGAUGAUCAUUGUUCGGUGUGAUUGCAAUUGCCUGAGAGAAUCGAUUACUCGACCGUUCUCUAGCACAGAAUCGAUAACAGAUACAGCUCAAGAACAACUUGUCACAUCGUCACACAAUGACCAGGUCCUUGAUAGCUUUGUUGUAUUUGUCCCUACGCUGUAGUAAUUAUGUGUACAAAUCGAAUGUCAUCAUGCAAACACAAAUCAUGUUAUGAAAUUAACUGCAUGCAGGUGCACUUUGAACAUUUAAGCUGCAGCGAAAUUUAUCAAUUUCAACUUUUUUUAUUCUCGGAUCUGAAUCAUCACAAAUUCAUCACUUCAAACGUUGUCAUUGUUAAGGAAUUUUCGGACAAUUCACAUUUCCUGAAGUGCGCAAAAUAAUAUUAUUUCAGUAACUAUUAUUCAUACAACAUCGACU